CUUGGCUUUUAUAUAAAAAAUAUGGCGGAGGUUUGACUUUUUAAUAACAGUAAAUAUUAUAAUUGGUCGUUGCAUCGAUAAACACAAACAAUUGUACAUAUUAGAUAUUAAUUUACAAUGUACACAAUGAUAAGUCGCAAAACAAGUCAGUGCUUCGUUGCAAGAAAUUUCCAAAUAUAGCUCAGUAAGUGAUGGCUGUCAAAUAACAGAUGUAAUUGUCUUCAAUACAUAACUAAAUAAUUUUGGACCAAAAGCUUUACCAAAAUUAUCAAUCAUGUUGUAUGUUUUCCAUGUUGAUGCUGGUUUAAUGACCACAUACGAUAUGAAUCUCACAUUACAAAGUGUGGCAAGUCUGAAAGCUGCUAUUGAAAGAAAAACGAAAAUACCAGCUCACUCUCUUGUGCUGCUCGUUAGCGGUGGGGAAGUCUUGCAGUCAGAUCAUAUGGUAUCAUCAUAUAGUGCAGGGACAGAUACAAACCCUAUUUAUAUGUUUAGUAAGCCUUCAGUGAAGGAGAGUCACAUUAAGCAAUCCAUGGUUGGUGAUCUAAGUCCUAUAGUUGAGUUGGGCUCGGGUGAAUUCCGUAGUGACUCAAGUGCCUAUGACGGAAAAUCAGUUGGUGAAUUAAGGAAUGAGGUGGAAGUAUGUUGUUCACUUCAGCCAAAUGUUAGCACAGUAUCGCGUUGUGCGUCAUUAGCAAAAGAGUUUAGUGAAUUGGCUCACGAAGGCUCCAGGAAUUGUGAACAAUUAGUACAUGAACAGCAUUUACAACAUCAGGGUUGGGCAGCUGUUGUAGCCAAUUUAGAAGAUAUUUUUAAUGAAUUCUGUGAACGUUCUCGCAGUUUUAAGGAGUCAUUUAAAAAACAUCGUAUCAAAAAAGAAGAAUAUCAUGAAAUGUUGAACACGCUGAAUGAAGUACUGGAAUCUCUGGGCAAGAUUCCAAUUCUCACGCCGCUACAAUUGCACGCCGAGGCGCAUCGUUUCUCGGCCUUUGACGUUUUCGAAGAGACAGACUUUGAGGCUCAUCACUAUGGAAGUCAGCCGCGGUCAGACACAAGUUCCGAAAAUAGAAUUGCCCAAGAUUUUGGCGUUGGAGUGUUUAAGCUAUCUGAUGAAGAUGUUUUCGAACAAAAGAAUGCAUCAACAAGUAAUGUGGAAGCAAGCGUGCAGAUCGAGGAAUCAGACGAGGCGGUCUUCAAGGCUCCCUCUAUUGAGAGCAAGGAGGAACCGACCUUACUACAUUGGAUCCUGGCUCAGGGGAAUAAAGCAUCGCUCCAGGAUAUCUUGGACUAUUGUCAAAAAGCGCUGGCGUUGAUAGAUGCAGAGCCCCUAAAAGAAAGCGAAGCACAGCUAUGCCAUAUUCUUGAAUACGCCAACUUGCAUGGUCUGAAACAAAUUAAGGGCAUCGAGGAUCGCUUGUAUGGCCUUGAUCAGCUUUUGAAUGACGUCAAGAAAUUGGAGAAGGACCAGAGAGAUCAGGCAGCUUCUAUAAUACAAUGUCGCGAUCGUCUCAACUCUGCAUACGACCCAACAGUUCUGCAAACAUUAGUGCAGUCACAUUGCUGCCAACUUGAGAAACUCCUAGUGGGACACGAGAAGAUUGUCGAUAUCAAACGGAGGAUCGCCAAGUCGAAGGAGGAGUUGUCACAAGUUCUUAAAGCGCGUUUAGAGGCUGUUCUCCGUAUCGAGAACUCGAUGUCCGUACAAGAUGCGCACGCGAUGCUGUCCUUUCAAUGCCUUAGCCGUUUGUCUCGUUACUUUGGGAUUGUUUGGCAAUUGCAUCAAGCACCCGCAGUUUUUGUUCGAGCCGUGCACGAAGUGUCAAGGAGAAGAUGUUUUUCUGAUGCGCAUAUGAAGUGGGCUACAGAUCUAGCUGAGAAACUUCUAAGAAUUCAUGAAGAAGAAGUGAAUCGUCGCCAAGAGUUCAGCUCCAUAUUCGAGGGCCACUUCUUGAAGAGCCUGUUCCCUGGUAUCACAGAUAUGCCCCCGACCUUUGCCACUCAAGCGCCGCCACCCUUUGAUGGAAAGUUGCCGAAGUUGACCAAUGAAGAUGUAGAAUUCGUGACUCAGACCUUCCCAGAACUUGCCAAGGAUGUGCCGAAGUACGAUAUGGAGGCAAUUGUCAAGUUUUUCCAACAAAGAUUGUCAGCCACGGAACUUGAAGAAAAUACUAUUGACACACAGGUUGAUAUUGAAAAGGGUUCCGAUUCGGACACGUUCGAGAAACUUCAGAGCGGCACAAAGAAGAUGGACACAUCAACGACCUGCACUCCGGACACGGUGGCCGUUUCGACUGUAACCGAGGACAACAUGGACACACAUAAAAUUAACAUCGAAAAAUUACAAGAUUUCUUAACGAAACUUUGCACUUUAUGUAAAGUGAAUGUGGUUUUAAUAAAAGAAGAAUUGGCCAAACUCAAAAGUGAUAUGGAGGAACAAAAACGGUUUAUGCGAGAGAAGUAUACGGAAAUUGUUGAAAAUUGGGCCAAAAGUAACGAAGGAAUGGAGAUACGGUUUAGAGAAGAGAAGCAAAGGUUAAUGGUGGAUCAUGAAUUAGAACUAAGCGAUAUGAAGGCAGCGCUCACAGAAAAAGACAGAAUAAUCGAGAUUUUAAAACGGGAAAAGGAAGAACUGACGAUUAAACAUCAGAAGGAAACUGAAAGAUUAGAAGAAGAACAUAAAAGCACGAAGGAGAUGCUCGAACAGACUUGGGAAGAAGUUAAAGUGUUUGAAAGGAAACUCGAAGAGUCGGAUAUUCUAAAGGCCAAAGAAAUCAAGGAAGUGCAAGAGAAGAUGCAUCUAGAGUACAAAGCGGAGAUUGAGUCAAUGCGAUCAAGGUUCCGCCUUGUUGCCCUUACAAAUAACAUGGACCGUUCGCCGUCAGAGUCGAGCCUUGAGAAGAUAGAAAGAACAGAUGUUAUAGAGAUAGGCCAUCACAACGUCAUAGUAAUGCAGACGAAAGAGAAUGCAGAAGUUGAGAAGGAGCAAGCUGUUAGAGAAGCAGAGGAGAGAUGUAGAGCAGAGUCCGAACAGAAGAUGAACGCGGAAAUUUCUCUGCUAAAAGCGAAGUAUGAGGCUGAAAAGCAGGUUACGAUAAACGACGUGACACGUCGUCUCCUCUCGGAGAAGGAUCGCCAGUUGGAGCUCCUACGGGAAAGGGAGCAGACGUUGACUAGGGAGUGCUCCAAGUAUCGAGAUACUAUUCAACAACUAACGGACCCUGAGACUAAUGAUUAUGAUAGUCUGCUUAAAACUCAGUUUGCAACACUCGAAAAUGAGAAGGCGUUGCUACAGCAACAAGUAGCGGAUCUCAAGAAAGAGCUAGAAAAGAGAACAGACGACAGCGAGAAGAGUAGAGAAGAUGACAGCGAAGGCAGGUCGUCACCGAAAAAAGAAGAAGGGAAGAGAAGUCGCACCAAAUGCCACACUCCUUUGGGACUUUCUGCGGGUGCCUUAAGUCUGUCUUCGUGUCUGCCCGGACAUACAGUGCUAGUGCUGUGGGAUCCUGCACAUCUUAAUUAUACCGUACUACAGGAAGCAUCGAUAAUGUACUUCGUGCACAGUGAUUGCUUGCCGGCUCUGGACCUCAGUAUUCACGUGAAGAAUGAGAGUGAGAGACGACUCUAUACUGUGGCUAAUGUUGAAUCCAAGGAGUAUUGUUAUGCUAAAAAGAGUGGUAACCGUUACCAAAUGCCUCGUGGAUCUCGCUUUUACCGUGUACGAGUAAAGCCGGUUAAACCUCAUCCGCCACACCCACAAUGCUGCGACCAUAGACACAAGCAAGAUGCACUGAAAGACAGCGUCCUGUCCGCACUCGACGCAAGGCCGCUAAAGAAGUGGCUCACCUUCAUGCAUGCACCAGGUCAUUCGCAGAAGUCAGUGGACACAAGCCAAUCGACCAGUUCCGCGACCGACGAAGUUAGUAAAGUGGAGGUAGCGACUGCUACACUGAUUAACCUGGAGUCACCCGUGUCUUGUAGUGAUGCUGCACUGGCGCCGCCACAAUCGGACUUAGAUCAGCUCGAUUCGAUAGAGUCCAACGAACAAUGGCAGUCUACUAAGAUGCAAGCUUCCACCGCUAGUGCAUUAACGGAUAUGGAAUGCAGUGUAGGAAGAUGUGGCGGUCCGGAGCCAUUAGAAUUGACUGUGAGCUCAGUGGCCGUGGUGGCGCGUGGUUCCGUGCCACCAGAAUCAGAACUGGCCGAAGAAGCGACCCCCUGACGUCCGCACACCCUACCCUUACGGCAUUCGCACACUAACUAACGUAUACAUUCUGCGAAUGUAUACUGAGUAUGACGUCUGUGCGUAUACCUUUUACGUAAAACAUUUAUGUACGCAGCUUUGUAUACGUUGCAGUCAACGUAUUCGUCCGUACGAAUGCCGUGUCGAUUUCGAAUUUGUCUGAAUGUCACAUUUCUGCCCAAAUGCGAAUAAAACGUCUUCAUCGCUGUCAAACUUAAGAUUUUGACUGGCGAGUAAUGAGUUUAAGCAGUUGUUCAGCUGUGAAGAGUAUUUUUACUGAAUUUGUUGGUAGAAUUUGGUCAUUAUGUGUUCGCGUAUAGGAAUUGUAAUUGACUAAAAUGUUACCUACAAACGAGAUAAAACAAUUCACGCAAUUCAAAAGUAGUGGGUAGUACCAAAAAAUAGAUUUUGGAGUUGGAUCUGGAAACUAAAAUGUUGUUUAACCAUGCUUAAGAGCGCGGCCACACGAUGCGGUAACGGUGCGGUGCGGCGUCGCAUCGCAAUUAUUUCGAGCUAUAAGGUGCCAUACGGGCGUUGCGGUGUGGCAAUAUAUUUAAUCCCUCCUCGCCUCGUCUCGCAGGUCACUAGUCCGGCGCGCUUGCGGUGCAACGCCGCGCUACGGCGCAACGCGUCGGGUGACAUGGUAUAGCAAUUUGUGUGUAGGAUGACGUUGCGGCAUCGCACCGCACCAUUACCGCAUCGUGCAGCCCGCUUGCGGUAAAAGAAAUAUCCUCCAUCUUAAUCUAUUCCGACGUCUAACGACAGAAGGAUAAUGUUUAAUACAUGUUUAUCUCAGUUACAACAAUACGAUACGAUUUCAAUUAUACAAAAAUUAAUUGUUAAUUUGAUGUUAACGUAUUGUUCGUACUAAAUUCAACGUGAUUGAAAUGUGUUAGAAAUAGUGCCGAUUAGAGAUUCUUCAGGAUUUCGAUCUGCAUAUAUAUUUUUUAAAUAUCAUUUUACCGACAAAAUUAACCCAUGACAUACUACGGGAAUGUGUGUACAAUAAUAACACAGAAUUGGCAGUAUUCCACCUAAUUCGUCUUCCAUUGAAAUAAAUAUCAUUUCUACAUUAAUAAAAUGCAAAAUUUUUGCUCGUAUGAGCCUGUACUUAGUUGAUUUGAAUCUUAAAAAUAUUAUAUACAUUUAAUAUCUAUUUGUCUAAAAAUCGUAGACUCGAAUUUGUUUUUCGUGAUCUUUUUGAAUAGUACAAAUUAUUUUAGUUGUUUUUAAUUAUAUAUUUGUGGUUAAUUAAAAAAAUCCUUAUCGUUAUUUUCACAUUUAAACGGCACAAAAUGAAUUAUUUUUUGUUCGAUUUUAUUUUAUUUAGUAGACGUAGCUGUGUAUCUUUAUAGAAAUCUAAGUAACUUCACUUUUAAGAUUUGUCCUACUUUAAGUCUACUGGAACCUAAGUCAUAGUUUAAGGACUUCGUGUCCAGUCUACACUCUUUAAGCGUUAGGUUCAUUAUCCACGAAGACUUAGCGUACAAUAUACGUAUACGUUCACGUACACGUCUAAAAAUUUUAAUACUAAUAGCUGACGUAUACGUACGUCUACGUCUUCGUCGGUACUUAAUAAAAACGCUUACGUGAUCUCGCUUCAACUUGAACUCUUUGAAACUAGUUCUAUUCUAGACGUAGUUUAUUUUAAUGUAACGAUUUCACAGAUCUAGGCUGGUGUGUACAUGCUAUCUCGGUCGUCACAGCGACUAGCUUCCGUUAUUUUGUGAUACUUAGCAUGUAUGAACUAGCUAUCGAAGCACAGAUUUCUUGCGUCCGUAAUUUUUCUUAUGUAAAUUUUAGAUUAAUGCGCAAAGUGUUUUGGAGAGGGCAUCGCUUCGUGUUGUUUGUUUGUGGCCUUAUAUUAUCGGCCCGUUUAAGUUGGGGAUGUCUCUAAUCGCGUAUUCGGGUUUUUGGAGUUAGAGGCAUCGUUCAGCUUCGCCGAUGCUGUGAUAGUACGUGCUGUGCUCUUGCUCCGAUUUUAAUAUAGUACAUGGACGGCUCUUUAGUUCGUGGCCUAUUGCGAAUGUGUUAAUUCGGAUCGUUGUAUUAUAAGGCAUCGCAAUGGUACAAUUGCGAUUGUGCAAUUGAUGUUGGCGUUGAUCGAUUUUGGCCCUAUUGCAAUAUUAAUGAAUCGGUUGAUGAUGAUUUGGCAAUAGCCAGUUCUCUUUCGGUUGUAUCUUUAUACUUACGUACGAUACGUAUACGUGAGUCAGAGAGAACUGGCCGGAACUCGUCGAUUUGUCUAUUGGUAGCUCGUAAGGUUUUAUUAAUACACAAUUUGCUAUAGUUCUCGAUUAUUGGCUCGGUUAAGUAAAUGUUAUGUGACAUGGGAUGACACGAAUUCUAUUUAAUAUACGUUUAUGAAAUAAUACUCAUCCGUACACGAUAUGUAUGUCUAUUUAUUAUGGUUUUCCCUCAUUCGCUUCUAUGUUAGGAAUUCGUGUCGAAAUGUUCUUCUGGUAUUGUUAUUGUAAAUAAAGCGGUCUUGUUUGUUGAAAUAACACAAAAGUUUAUCAUUAUUUCCCGGGAAUCAUAUUUUAUUGUGUAUA